UAUUAUUUUACUUUUUAGUACAUAUGAGAUGAUUAAUUGGUACUAUUUAUUGGUUAUUUGUUUGCAGAUGGUAAAUCUGGUCAGUUUAACAAUUUAUACCUAUCCACCUGCUCAUAGCAACUUGUCAAAAUUAAUGUUUCAUGAUGUGGAAGCUGAUUUUGGAAGUAUGCCGACUGAAGGCAUUUCGGGUGCACUUGAUCUAUCAAUACCAUAUAAUGCAUGUUACCAUCUUUAUCCUGCUCCUAAAAAGGAUCUUCCCAACACUAAUUUUUUUGCACUUAUUCAAGAAUCGUCUGGAUGCAGUUAUAGUGAGCAGGUUAUUCAUGCUCAAGAAGCAGGUUAUAAAGGUGCAAUUAUUUACAGCAGAACCAACAAUGACCCAAUAAUAAUGGGAGGUGAUGGACCAAUAAUUGUUGCUGUUUACGUUAAAAAGUCAGUUGGGCAAGACUUAAAGCAAUUCUUAUAUAAAACUGGUUCUACAAUAAAAAUUGCACCUAAUGAUCCACAGAUGUCCUUGUCAAUUUAUUUGGUGCCUUUUGCUAUUGUUGUUGGAGUUUGUUUUUUCUUUAUGUUGGCAUUUUCUGUAGGGCGGUAUGUUCGCUAUUGGCUGCGCAUUCGUCGUUCUCGUUUGUCUCCUGCUAAUUUAAAGAAGAUACCUACCAAAAAAUUUAAAAAAGGUGACGAAUUCGAUGUUUGUGCAAUAUGCAUUGAAGAAUAUGUGCAAAAUGAUAAAAUCAGAAUAUUACCUUGUAACCAUGCAUACCAUUGCAAAUGUGUUGAUCCUUGGUUAACUUCUGGUAAAAAGCUUUGUCCCGUAUGUAAACAAACUGUAGAGUCUGACUUAAAGCGAACGUCUAAAAAUGUUAUUAUUAAUGGUAACGAUGGUAACUCUAACGAUGUUAAUGGUAGCUCCGCACUAACGGAAGAAUCAGAAGACGAAAAUACCCCUUUGUUGGCGGCAUCGCAAAACCUUCCGAAUUCCGGAGCCAUGGCUUGAUAUUUUUAAAGAAAUGUUAUAUUCAAAUUAUACAGUCAUAAUAUAUUUUAUAAUUUUUCUAAUUAAACAUUCUUUGUAUCCUAAAAAUGAUACAUGCAAAACUCAUCUUUAGAAUGAUAUUUACGACAUUCAAGUGUUAUUAUAUGUUGCUUGCAGGAAAUGCAAAUCUUUUUAGCUUCA